CCAACCAAAGAAUGACCAAAGAAAUAUUACUAUAUGACUCAUUGCAUGCCUUCUUUGAAUCUCAAACUAAUGAAUCACUCCAACUAAAUCCAAAUUUCAAAUACACUUUCCUUUUUCUUGUACAAAUGCAAUGAAUUGAUUAGAAGAGCUAAAGGAUCAAAGACAAAAUAAGAGAGGAAUAUCAAAUAAAGGGAAGCAGAACGAAAAUUAAAUCAAGAACAACAGCAAGAAAAUAGAUUAUUAUGGCUUGUUUUUUUCCAUAUAAUAGCAGAAACUUGGAUACAAGUUUCUUCAUAUUCAGGCCAACAAUAGUGAUUGUGGAUGAUCUUGUGGAAGCUCUCAAGCAUUUCUCUCUUUCUACUGAAAGUCUUGGAUGUGUUCAUAGUGCCAUUUUUAGAAGCAUUCAUGGAAAUAUGAUGGUAUGGUAUGGAGCAUGGAUAAAGAGAUCUAGUGAGAAUAAGGACUCACUGGCUGCAGCUCUUCUCUCAAUGUUAACAGGUGUAUCAAGCAUGGCAAUCCUAUUGGAACAUGGCUUCUUUGAUGCAUACGCUGGAGAAUCAAAGGAUCAUUCACCUGCCGCAAAAUUCUACACAGGGGACAUAGUUUCCAUGAACUCUGCCUCUUUUUCCCAUCGCGACAUGCCACUUGAAGACUUUACAUACGCGUGCUUAGCCAUUUUCAAGGACCGGUUCCACAAGAUGGAUGGUGCGGUUUCUGGAGUUUGCUUAAAGUGUCAACAACUACCUAAAGUUGCUGCCGUUUUCGUGUGGAAAUCCUUGCAAUGCUGCUACAAUUACAUCCUGAAUCAAGAUUCUAGGAGUGUUCUUCCUUACUUUGAUGGCUUUUCACUUGAUUUGAAGUAUGAUGUCUUUAGGGUUGUUUAUGUUAGUGGUGAUAAUGCCUUAAACUUUCAUCUUUUGCCUCCACAUAAGAUGUUGGAGGGAAAAGAAGGGCUGCAUAAUGUUACUCAUUAGAGGAAAAGGUUCAUUCUAGUAAUUAUAGUAUGGGCAUGGGCAUGCCUUCAAUUUUGAUAUGUAAUUGAUAAGUAUAUCAUGAUAUGAUUAAUGCAGUGAGGAAAAUGUAAUGUUGCUCCU